CACACGCACACACUCCUGAGCAGAAACCUCCCUCCCCCCAUAUCAUCCCUCUGCACUUCUGAACAGAGACCUAUUGUAUCCAUCCAUCUAUCCCAGCCCUCCCACUCCCGGUAUCCAUUCCCCUGCACCACUGAAUGGAGACCCCUCUCUCCCUAUAUCUAGCCAUCCCAACCCACACCCCUGAGCAGAGAUCCUCUCACCUGUAUCAUCCCCCCACACCCCUGAACAGAGACCACCUUCCCUUCCCUGUGUCCCUGAGCAGAGACCCUCCCUCCCCCAUGUCCCUGCCUCCCAUGGCUUAUAUCUAUCCAUCCCAAUCCCUCCCAUGCACAUCCCUGAGCAGAGACCCUCCCCCAUUUCCUGUAUCUCUCCUUUCCAAUCCUUCACCCACAUCUAUCCACCCAAUCCCUUCCACCCUGCAGAGUUGAGAACUUUACCCAGCCUCCACAUCCAUCCCAGGCCCCCUGUCUGUUUCCCAACCCUCCUCUCAAACCCUAAGCAGAGACACCCCCCCAUUAGUUACAUCUUUUCCCCCAAAAAACGGAGACCUCCAUACUUUCACACCUCACAUCAGCCAAGAUCUGACCCCAGGCCUUGUACAAUAACUGGCUAGAGACAGGGGGCUCUUAUCCUUCCAGUUCAUCCAGCCUCCUUCAGUAAAAUUCCCCUUCCUAUGGGCUGCAUGUAUCAUCAGGCUUUGAGUUAUUCUGGGGAUGGGAAUUGUAUGUCUCUGAUGUGAAAUAUCUUAAGGGUUCAUGUUAUGCUGGCUCCAGAGUCCCUCAUGAGGCACAGAUGUGUGGUCUGCGAUGGAGAAUUAUAAGAAAUCCAAGAUUGUGGAGAAGCCCUCUCCCCUUCCAUUCACCAACCUGCCUUCAGAUAUUAUUGAGAUGAAAGUGAAGGAUGGCAGCAAAAUCAGAAAUCUUAUGGGUUAUGCCAUCGGCAAGAUGGAGUCGGACUCAGUUAAGCAGAUUCUUUUCACUGGCUCUGGCAAAGCCAUCAGCAAGACUAUCACUUGUGUGGAAAUCAUGAAGCGACGGCUCACGGGACUCCACCAAAUCACCAAAGUGCUCUUCAAACAGACUGAAGAGAUCUGGGAGCCCAUUGUCCCUGAGGCUGGUCUAGAUGCCUUGACAGUGAAGAGAAAUAUUCCUGCCAUAUGUAUCUUGCUGAGCAAAGAUGCGCUAGAUUCCCAAGAGCCUGGGUAUCAGGCCCCAGGCUCUUUUGAUGCCUUCUGGAUCGAGACACUUAAAGCAGAGUCCCAGGGACAAAUUAAGAGAAAGCAGGGUGGGGGAAGGGGGGCUGGCCGCACAGGAAAGCAUCCUAGAUCUGUUGGAGGACGUGGAGAAUCCUACAAAAAGCCUUGAGACGAAGAUAAAUCAGAAGCAAUUGUUAAUGGCAUCAAGAACAAAAAACCAAGCCACCUAGUGUGGCUCAAGUGCUACCACCAAACACAGUGACUGAGCUCCUUGGUAGAGAAGAGCUGAAAACCUAGCACAAUUGGGAGAGGGAUGAGGGGCAUGUGAAAACAGCCAUGGCAAAUAAAUUCUCAUAACAAAU